ACUGCUUGAAUGUUGCAGAAGCUCUGGUCCACGUCACAAUCCUCAUCCUCCCAUGGCCUCAAUAUCGCAAACUGAGAAGGAGUUGGCACUAACCAGGCGAGAUGACGCCUUCUCUGAUCGUCCAUUAUACUCGAGUAGAAUGGCAUUUUCUCUGAUGGGUCCUACUCUGGACAGGUGGUCCUGUCAGAUGAUGGCUAAUUAUGAAGCUGGAGUUCGGGCUCGAGCAUAUCAAGCUUGGUUUCGCAGAGGCGAAAUUGGAGCUCUGAUCUUUUAUGUCACAAUGGUGCUUGGCACAUUCAUUUUGAUAUUUCAUUUGCUGAAUUUCAACUACAUUGCGGGAAUCCCAUUCGGUAGGGAGGAGGGCGUGGAGGGCACUGUUUCAUUGCCAAAUGAUCUCAGUUUCAUCAGACUCCGAGCAUUGAAUAGAGUAGGUGGAUUAGGGCAGAGACGGGAGACGUGGGUGGAGGCGCUUUCCUGGGAGCCAAGAGCUUUUCUCUAUCACAAUUUCUUGUCGAAAGAAGAAUGCGAGUAUCUGAGAAGACUCCCAGAUUAUGAAAAGAGUGAUGUUAACUUACCUCCAAGUGGGGGAUACGACAGCAACUUUGUAGGCGGACUCUUAGGCUGGCGCUGGAUUUGGACAGGGUUUCUGGAAAGAGGAAAGUACAAAGUGAUCAAGGACAUCGAGAAAAGGAUAGCAGAUUUUACUUUUAUCCCCCCAGAGCAUGGAGAGGGACUACAACUUAUUAUGUAUGAACUUAUGGCUUCAUAUUAUCCUCAUUUUGAUUACUUCACCGAUGAGUCCAACACUACGAAUGGUGGGCAAAGGAUCGCUACUAUGAUCAUGUAUCUAUCAGAUGCGGGCGGGGAGACAAUUUUUCCAGCCGCUAAAGGGAAUUUCAAGUCCAUUCCCGAGGGAGGCCUAUUUCCUUAUUGUAGGCGACAGGGUUUGGCUGUGAUACCGAAACAGGGAGAUGCCCUGUUUUUUUGGAACGUCCGGCCUGAUGGUACACCCGAUCCUUCGAGUCUCCACGGUGCUUGCCCUAACAACGGCCAAGACAAGUGGGUAUCUGUGAAGCGGUUGCGGGCUCAUGAGCACAAGGUCUAAGUAUCAUGAUUUCGCACCAAAGUCUCUCUAUCACUUUAUGGAAAACCGGAUAGAAUAGAAGAUUGUCUUGUUCGGAAAAUAAUCUCUCGGUCUAAGCAAAUGUUGUAUUGAAGUUUGGAUCUCUUGGUCAAAGGAGGUCCUAAAAUAUUAGGUUCAAUAUUUAGUUGGACUAUCCGCACUACUUUAUUAAUUAUUUAAGAUAUCACUUUCAUUGUAUUAGGUCUUGACCUCCUUUUUAACAAAAAAUAAA